GCAGCCUUUCCGCUCAGUUUUUCUGGAGCAACACAUCCCAGGCUGCUGCGGCGUCAGACCAGCCUCCGCAGCGCCCCGUCGGUCGGAUGCCGCAGACGCCGGUGUAUCACGCCAAGGACACAACUCCAAUAAAAGAAGAAUCCUGUGGGACUGGAAGAAAUCACUGAGGCAGUUUGGGAUAAUCUUGCCAACACGGAGCUGGGUGGAGAGGACAGGACACCAGUCAGGCCUUUAGAAGACAGACAUCUGAGCGUGCAAGCCAUGCUUUAGCACACACAGGAGAAAGGUGGUCGAUCGUUGGAUAACGCCCCCCACCCACUUUUUCUUAUACACUCCAGAACCAGAAACACACGCAUCACCCUUUCGUCUUCACUGUAUACCAUCCCUGUAAAGAUGCCGAUGCCAAGGUUGGCACUGUGGCACUUGUGGUGACAGGGCAGAGAGUGUGUGCGCACAUCCGGCAGGCAGGCCGGUGGGUCGGUGGGUGUACAGGCACACCAAAAGGCAUUUUUGGGGGUGGGUGUGGUUGAACCAUGCGGCCCUGGGCAGGUUCAUGGCGUUGGAUUACCCUGGUGCUGUUGGCCUGGGGCACGCUGCUCUUCUACAUUGGCGGUCACUUGGUGAGGGACAGCGAGCACCCAGAACGGUCCAGCAGGGAGCUCUCCAAGAUCUUGGCCAAGCUAGAACGGCUCAAGCAGCAGAAUGAAGACCUGCGGCGCAUGGCCGAAUCGCUCAGGAUACCAGACGGUCAGGCAGAAGCUGGGUCCCUGGCAGCGGGGAAACUGCGCUCCCUGGAGGACCAGCUAACCAGAGCCAAACAGAAGAUCCACAGCUUCCAGAAACUCACUGGAGAUGGACCAGGGCCCACUCAGGAGGAGUUGCGGAGGAGGGUGGAGAACGGCGUCAAGGAGUUUUGGUACUUUGUUCGAAGCGAGGUGAAGAAACUGGCCAACGCGGAGCCCAGCGAGAGGCAGAAGUAUGCCGACACGCUCCUGCAGGACUUGGGACACCAGGAGAGGUCCAUCAUGACAGACUUGUACUACCUCAGCCAGGCGGAUGGAGUGGGAGAAUGGAGAGUGAAGGAGGCUAAAGAUCUGUCGGAUCUCGUGCAGAACAGAAUCACCUACCUACAGAACCCCCCAGACUGCAGUAAGGCGAGGAAGCUGGUGUGUAACAUCAAUAAGGGCUGCGGUUAUGGCUGCCAGCUCCAUCACGUCGUCUACUGCUUCAUGAUCGCUUAUGGCACCCAACGCACACUCAUCCUGGAGUCUCACAACUGGCGCUACGCCCCCGGCGGCUGGGAGACGGUCUUCCUGCCCGUCAGUAACACCUGCACCGACCGCUCUGGUGCCACUACCGGACACUGGUCAGGAGAGGCCCAUGAUAAGGAUGUCCAGGUUGUGGAGUUGCCUAUAGUGGACAGCCUCCACCCACGGCCCCCCUACCUGCCCCUGGCGAUUCCUGAGGACCUGGCCCCACGCCUGCACCGUCUGCACGGCGACCCUUCCGUCUGGUGGGUGUCCCAGUUUGUCAAGUACCUGGUACGCCCUCAGGCAUGGCUGGAGAAGGAGAUCCAGCAGACCACCGCCAAGUUGGGCUUCAAACACCCCAUCAUCGGAGUCCAUGUGAGGAGGACAGAUAAAGUGGGAACGGAGGCAGCUUUCCAUCCCAUAGAGGAGUACAUGCUGCAUGUGGAGGAACAGUUCCAACAUCUGGCCAGACGUGUCCACGUCGACAAGAAACGAGUUUACCUUGCCACCGAUGACCCGUCCCUGCUGCAGGAAGCCAAGACCAAGUAUCCAGACUAUGAGUUCAUCAGUGAUAACUCCAUCUCGUGGUCGGCAGGCCUUCACAACCGCUACACUGAGAACUCGCUGAGGGGCGUCAUCCUCGACAUCCACUUCCUGUCCCAGACUGACUUCCUGGUCUGCACCUUCUCCUCACAGGUCUGCCGCGUGGCCUAUGAGAUUAUGCAGACGCUGCAUCCAGACGCCUCCUCCUUCUUCUACUCCCUGGAUGACAUCUACUACUUUGGAGGUCAAAACGCCCACAACCAGAUCGCCAUCUACCCCCACCAGCCGCGUAACAGCGAGGACAUUCCCCUGGAGCCCGGCGAUGUGAUCGGCGUAGCCGGCAACCACUGGGAUGGAUACUCGAAAGGCAUCAACCGCAAACUGGGCCGCACGGGCCUUUACCCUUCCUACAAGGUCAAAGAGAAAAUCGAGACCGUCAAGUACCCGAUGUACCCCGAGGCAGACAAACUGCUCAACUCUCAAAAGAAGUAAAAGAAGAAAAAUGAAAAAAAUAAAGGAAGAGAAGGAGUGAGGAGAAAAUACGCAGACUCCGAUUCCAGGGAAGGAGGCUGCUUUUUUUGUACAGAAGAAAGAAGCGUACAGAGUGCGCUAAGCUGAGAAGAAAAGAGAAAAAGCCUGAACCCAGGGGUGACAGGAAUGAGAAUGCACUCUUGUGUGUUUAUUUGAGAGAGAGCGUGUGCGUGCGUGUAUGUAUGUAUGUAUGUGUGUGUGUGUGAACGCGUGCGCACUUGUGUACAUGCCUGUGCAUAUGUCAGGUCAUGGAAGACUUGCACCCUACCACUACUCCCCCGCCCGACGCUCUCAAGUCGGGUCUGUAGAGAUGUAGACGUGAACAUUGAUUUUAAAUAAAGCAAGAAAACAAUUAAAAUCUUCACUAAAUGACCAAGCUCGCUCUCCCCCCCGAGACAGACUGGGACUACUGUAAGACUAGCGCACCCAAGAGUGAGCUUUGAAUCAAUGACUGAAAAAAAAAUCCAAAAAAAAAAAAAAGACAAACUGGAAAAAAGUGUUUUGAUUUUUAUUUAAUUAUUUUCAGUGGUUUUGAUUCUAAUCUUGCCUUUUCUUUUUCUUUUUCUCCUGUUUUUUUGUUUGUUUGUUUACUGAAUGUACUGUAUCCUCUUCUUG